GUUAGUGUUUAACCUUAAUUUAUAAACAAGAGUGAUCUGACCCUCGUGCUGAAUAUGUCAGAUAUGGGGGAGAACCAAGAUCCUUCUCAUUUAACUAAAAGCAGACUGAAGAGUGAAUUAAUUGCUCAUAACGUGUCUUUACCGCAGAGGGAGCAGAAGAAAGAGGUUUAUGUGCAGCUCUAUUUAAAACACAUUACUUCUAAGAAUAAGUCAGAAUUGAGGGCGGAUUUUUCCAGCGACGAGGAGGAUUCUUCAGAAGUUAAAAGCACCGAACUGCCCAAACUAAAAGAGGCUGAAGAUAACUAUACAAACAAAAUGGAUGUUACACAGCUGAACAACGAAGAAUUAAAAGAGCAGCUUAUGAAACAUGGAGUUACACCUGGUCCUAUUGUGGCCACUACCAGGAUGGUUUAUGAGAAGAAGCUGUUGAAAUUGAUGGGACAAGGCCCUGCUGUGCCCCCACUCAAACAAAAUGGAACAGGAGAUGUUGAUCAAUACUCAGACAGUGAAGAGGAAGAUGACUUUCCUCCUGAGGGCACCACACACAGCAUAAUUGAUUCUUCAUACCAAAGACAAAGCACAAUGAAAGUCACUGCCACAGCUGCAAGUAGUACAAGCAAAUCAGAACCAAUCCAGUCAAAGGAGAUGGGGGAUGUGCUGACCCAGAUGUUUCCAGAUGAAAUUAAUUCUCCAUCAGGAAUCAAUGCAACACGACGACGACCAAUCAAAGGAGCAGCAGGUCGACCAAUUCAGUACAACUUUGAUGAUCUGCUGACGCGGGCUACAGAGAGACAGAACUAUAAAGAGAGAAGCACCUAUUUGGUUACAAAGGAGAAAAAGCCAACGCAACGUCUCGUACCAGUGUGGCUACAGAUCCUGCUGUUUAUCUUUGUGGUGUUUCUCCUCUUCCUGGUCUAUCAAGCAAUGGAAAGCAAUCAUGAAAAUCCUUUUGCGUACUUUCUGGAUAAAACAGGCAACCCAGCGACAUCUGAACCGGAGCAGCUGGAUACUCGAACCGCACCAGAUGUUGAUCCACAAGUGGCUCCAAAGUAGAUGUACACACCAAAGCAGCAUUGGUCUCAAAAUUGAUUGCAGUAAAGUAGUUAAGCAUUGUUGAACUUCACUGCUUUAAUCAAAUUGAGGGUUAUAUCAUAAUAUCCAGACAUGCCAGUUGUUUUUUUAAAUAAAAAGUUUCUUCCCAACCACUGAUUUAAACCAUGAAGAGGCUGUUAGAUUUCUAAUCUAAGGAAAACUGUUGUCCAAUUUAUUCAAACUGUAUUGGACAGAAAAUUGACAAAAUGGUGGUUUAGCUGUAUGUAUUGUGCGACUUCUGUCUCUAUACCAUCUGAUUCACAAGACAUCAUAACCCUAACAUUUUUAUUGACCUACCCAAAUUAUAAUGUCGAUUCUGUGCCCCAGCAGAUUUUCUCAUUUCAUUCUUUAGCAAUUUCACUGUUUAGCAGUCCCAGCCAUACUAUAACAAAAUUAAAUUUACGCAGUGCCAUUUAGUAUGUACACAUUACUACACAUUUCUGGCACGGUGUCUUGGUCAUUUUACUUUUGGACAGAGAGAAAACCUUGAGAUUAGAAUAGCUUUUUUUUUUAAAAAAAAAUUUGGAUUUUCCAAGUGUUGAGCUUUUCAGUACUGGCAUAUUUAGGGACAAUGGUACUAUAUAUAACUUACUGUUAAUGCUGGCUUAUUAUGUACUCUUAAAUCUGUAGUGAUUUUUUUAAUGUUCUGGGUUAAAUUAUAAUUGAAACUUCAGGAUUAUCUUUAAAAGUGUUUUUGUUUUUUUAAAAAUCAGAAAAUUGUUCCAAGUUGUUAAAUUUAUGGGUAGAAUUCUCUUAACCAGGUUCAUUUUGAUAUGUCUUGGAAAUCAGAUCGCCCAGUUAAAUAAACAUCCAAACUAUUGAAAGAUUCAAUUUUCUUAAGUUUUAUUCAUAAUCAUUUGAAUGUCUAUUUGUUCCAUUUAAUGCAUGGUUUAAUUCAAAACUCUUUGCAUUCAGAAGUGUAUAUAUUCUUCACUUAUCUAUUAUUGAUCACAGUAACUGGGGCACAUCAAGCUAUCCAUCCAGUUGCUGCAUUUUUUAAGAAUAUAAUCCAGUUCAGUCUUUUGAUUUCAUUUUACAGUUUUUCCAUAUGUUGUUUGAUGCCUAUUGUCAGUAAGUAAUGGGUAAAGAAAAAUUUGUGUUUCCAUUUCUCAGGUUGUAAAUCUGUCUUCCCUCCCACUGCUCUAUUCCCUAUUGUUUACAUGUUCAGGCAGUGGCCAAAUCCCCUGCUGGAGUAAUAGAAUCAACAUAAAUAGCUUCAAAACCUGUAAUGUUGGGAUUGAUCGUUGUUGAGAUCAGUGAGUAACAAUGAGAAAUGUUCAGGACGGAUGUUAAUGCAGUGUGCUUGAUGAUUGAUGUGCUGUCCCAGAUCAGUGAGGUAUGAAUUUCUGAUUAUCUUUGCCUCAGAGAGGGUACUGGUCAAAUUACCCAAGCUGUGUUCAUGUCCCUUGUAGCAGCAGACUGCGUAGCGGUAGGUGCCUAGGAGCGACAUUGCUACCUAGCAGGGAAUAUGGAGAGAAAAAGACCAAAAGAAAAGUCUUAUCAAGCUCUUCCAGUUAAAAUGUGGCUUUCGGAUAUUGACAAGAGCGAGAUGUUUCCUGACUCCAAUGGCUUUGCAAAUUUUAGAAACUACUGGUGUUCUGUUUUUCUUUAAAAGAAAUAAUUGAUGUUAUUCCCGUAAUGUUACAUCACAUGCUUUACAAAUUGACAUCUUUCAUGAUAUAAGCUUACCUGUAUCUGUCUGCCUUAAGCUUGAAUUUCAAAUAUUACCAACAGACCUGGGGGUGAUUUAUCAGAUACUUUGCUUCCAGUGUUGAACCUGGAUCAAGAAAAGCAGAAAUUGAACAACUUUGUGUAGAAGUUAAUGGACCCAGUUUGGUGCUCCCAAUUUUCCAUUAAGCUUUCCUGUGAAAUGAGACUCUGCAAAAUGUGAGCUGGGUCUCUGGAAUGUUUAUCCGCAGAGUUACAUUACAAAAUGAUGGGGGGGAUAAAGUCAACAAAACCCUAAUGUUUUGUAUUUUUCCCCUAAAAUAUUACAUAUUGCUGAGUAUCCUGAAUGUUGAGAACACCUUGUAAUAGUUUGGAUCCUAAUUGUGCUGCUUUUCUUUAUAUUGCAUGGGAGUUGUAUAGGCCACCAAAACUAAUGGGCCCCCUAAUCUAACUAAUGUCUACAUUUAGUAUUAAUAUGUCAGAUUUUCAUGAUCUUGCAAAGGCAACAUGCUGGCUGUUCUUGUUUUUCUCUUUAAAAAAAAACUAAAAGUAUAAAAUUCAUGAAAAAGUAGAGAGGCAUUCUUGAAAGUGUGUUAUAUAUUCUGUUUUAGUAACCUAGUACUUUAAAACACGUGGAAUUUCCAUUGUGUAUUUUUGAAUUUUUAAUUACUAUUCCUCUUUGUGAUGUAGACAUUUCAGCUGAUGUUUUUUUAUGGAGGGUGCGUUUCCUAUCAUAGAUGCAUAAUGCAGGCACAAGCCAUGGUGAUCUUCCAACUCCAAAAUAACCUAACUGCAAUAGCCCCUUGUAUCUGUAUCUGUGGCAAGGCUGUAGAGUUCACUGUGGAGCAGAUUUCCAACUUAACAUGCCCUAAGUCCAUCUAAGCAUCAAUUUCAAAGUUAACUGGAGCACACCUUUGCUUCCUGUAAACUGUCUUUUAGAAAGGUUCUGGGAUAUGUUUUUCGGAGUUGGCUAUAAAUAUCACCAAAAAAGCUUACCUGCACCCCAAGUUAUUAUUAACAAUGCUAUCGGUACACUGCACCUACUAAUACACAGUGAGGUUCACGUACACAAUGCUUAAUAUGCAGAGGAAGGGGCAGCUUCGCUUGCUGGAUAUUGGUCCAAAAUUACGAAUGCUGUUCUUCUGUCAAUGCACCUUUUUGUGAUUUUACUGUGUGAAUUUAUGCGUUCUUUUUGUAAUGAAUCCUGUUCAAUUUUCAUUGUAAAAACUUUUUAUCUUUGUGUAUUUAGAUAAAGGUUAGCUGAUCCAGGGAAGAAAAGCAUUGUCAGACUCCUACAACAUGGUUCAUUGCUGCAGAAUUUUAUUUUUUAACUAUUCAGGCCUGAUUCGAUUUCUGAUUGUGUGUGCCAGUUAAGGUUUGCCACUACAAUAAUUUUAAUAUUAGACAUUUGGUCUUAUUUUGUUUUAUUUUGGGAAGAAGGGAAAAAAGAAUCCUCAAAAAUGUUAAAACUCAGUAAGAAUUUUUGCAUAGUUUUCAAUUCUGUCCUCAAGUGGUGAAAUACAAAGUUCCUGGUACACAGGAUUUUUUUUAUAGUUCAAUCGUUGAAACUCGAAAUUAGAAUAUUAAAACGGUGGCACAUCAAUAAGCUUGACUCCAUUAAAUAAAUAGCAUAAAGACCAUAAUGUUCUUUAUUGCACAGCUUGUCAAGCAGUUUCCAAACCCUAAGCACAGACCGGGCCUGCAACACUGCGGUAAUACAGAACUGAAAAUUUUCCAUAUGUUUGUAAAAUUACAACUUAUGUUGCUUUUUUUUUAAAUCUACAUCCAUAUCCUUUUGAAUGAAACUAAGAUAAGAAUUGAUUUUUUUUUUUCAAUGAAUUGCAGAUUUGAAAAUACCACCUGUAUUCUUAGGAUACAGAUUUGCAUUCUAGGAAUGGGAAAAAAUGUUGCGUUGAUUAAUUCUUGUUACUUGAAGUGUGCCUUUUGGACACUGUUGAAUUUAGCAUGUUUGAUUGACCUGGAGAAUUGUUUCCAAACACAACUUCUCCUGUUUUGUGUAUUUUCUACAGUUGUUUCUGGUUUCCAAGUGGCUUUAAGCAGCUAAAAGGCACCAGCUUUUAGUUCCAAUGGAUAAUUGGGAAAAUAAAUCAUUGUGGACUUUUAAUGUACUAAAAGUAGUGCAAUGUUGUAUGUAGCCCAAGCUACAAAAGAUAUCUUGCAAGCAGCUCAGUAACUAUAUUUUCUACUGGUUUGGAGCUGUUUUGCUAAUGUCCCCUCAAAGUUCAAACAGGACCUGAGAAACACCAUUUUGUUUUAUCCAUAAGUGGUGUCCAAUUGGCUCAGCAUUCACAUCUUAACUCCUGUUUUUCUCAUUUGGCAAUGUUUCUAUCUAAAGUGCUUUGUUUUGGAAAUUUUUUAAUGCUAGCUCUUGUCUUGAAUGUGCCUUAUUUAUUAAAUUCCUUAUCCAAAUUUAAAUAAAGUUUGUAUAUUUAAA